GUUGGAUCAAAACCGUAGAAGAAGAGACUGUUUAUGCUGAUGUUGGCCAGCAUCCCGUUACCAAUGCUCAACGAAGGCAAGUUUAACCGAUAGUUGAAAGAAAUAUCAAGCAUUGUUGACUCAUAAAAGGAAGAUUAAUGCGUUUUUCUUUGGGAUAAUGAUGGCAGGUAGGAGGAGGCUGCUGCCCUGUGUGGGUUUAGGGCUGUUUGCUGUCCUCCUGUGCUGGGUCUGGGUUUCCUUCGCCUCUUUCUCGGAGGAUCAGCUUCACUUUGAGUCCUCCUUGGAAGCCGCGGACCGAGCAGCCUUCCAGCCUCAGAGUGCUCUGUCCGACAUGGAGUUCGCCUCCAUCUCCUCCUACCGGGGACCGGGGAACUUCGACCGCCGCAGGAACAAAGAGCUGCCCAUCAUCCUUUGGUGGAGUGGCGGUCUUUUCCCACAUUUUCCGGGGGACACUGAACGCAUCGAUUGUGCCACGUCCUCCUGCCUGGUCACAAGCAACCGCAAGGUGCAGCUGUACAAGAGGACAACAUCCAUCAUUUUUUAUGGGACAGACUUCAGGGCUUAUGAGGCUCCUCUCCCUCGUCUCCGUCACCAGACCUGGGCACUUUUCCACGAGGAGUCACCCAUGAACAACUACAUCCUCUCUCAUAGACCGGGGAUUAGGCUAUUCAACUACACAGCCACGUUCAGUAGGGAGUCGGACUACCCCCUGACCCUGCAGUGGCUGCCCUCCCUGGAAUACCUUCUGGAGCCCGUGGCGGUGCCACUGCAGGAGAAGAACCGCCUCAGGCAUGAGGGCAUGGCUCCUGUUCUCUACAUGCAGUCUCACUGUGACGUGCCAUCAGACAGAGACAGAUAUGUCCAGGAACUCAUGAAAUACAUUGAGGUGGACUCUUACGGGAAAUGCUUGAACAACAAGCCUCUACCGGAUCAUCUGGAGGACACGGCCACAGCUACUGGCGAAGAGCCCGGCUUCAUGAAUUUUGUUGCGCGCUACAAGUUCCACCUGGCACUGGAGAACGGCCUGUGUCCAGACUACAUGACUGAGAAGCUUUGGCGGCCCCUCCAUCAGGGCUGCGUGCCCAUCUAUCGAGGCUCCUCUGCGGUGGCCGACUGGAUGCCCAACGACCACUCUGUGAUAAUUAUAGACGAGUUCCCCUCACCCAAAGUCCUCGCCGACUUUCUCAAGCAUCUGGAUGAGAAUGAUGAUGAUUAUGCUCGAUAUCUAGAGUUUAAAAACCACAGGAGCAUCACAAACGCUCGUCUGCUGGAGGCACUGGAGACCCGUGAGUGGGGCGUUAAUGACAUGAGUAAACCCAACUACUUAAAUGGGUUUGAAUGUUACGUCUGUGACCAGGAGAACGCCCGGCUGGCUGCAGAGAGAGCGUACAGGAAAGCCCCCAAGACAAAUCGGGCCCCUCAGCCUAAAAUGGCCAGUAACUCUCACAUGGGCUGCCCUCUGCCCAGCGCGGGUUACGGAGACGUCAGAGACUUGCCCGCAGACGACGGAUGGCUGCAAAUAUGGCCUCAGGAUUACUGGCAGAGCCUGGACCAAGCUGAGGGGCUGGAGUCUCUGAUAAGACACAACGAGUCGGACCCCUCUCUGCUGUGGAAGCACAUGCAGAACAUCGCGGUGAGCAGAGCCAGAGGGAAACACUGACACAGGCCACCAGAGGAUGGAGCACGUCCAGAUGAACAAGCAUCACUCCUGAGCCAGAACUGCUUCACUCGUGAAAAUCCUUUUUGUUUUUAGCGGUGAUUAAGAAGAUCGGGUUUUAGAAGAUUUCCACUAAAACAUUCCUUUUUUUUUCUUUCUUUGAGGUGUAAUAAAUGCAAACAGUGCAGAUGUUCCAGAGGCAAAUGCUCAUGGGAAGCAGCUUUCCCGCGGACUGGAGCUGAGCCAAAGACUCGUGCUCUCUAGGAGAUGUGCCUAACUGUGUGUGAAGAGCAUCAGGACAGUAGCCAGUGGACUGCCAUCAUCUCCUUACUCAGCAGGUGGCUGAUGGUCAUUGGCAAAAGUCGCAUUUAUGUCGACCACUUGAGGCAACUGUGUGGAGGAAAAUAUUAUUUUAGAAAAAGGAGAAAUGGAAAGCAGCCUCCCUGUGGGGAAAAGGCUGCAAGCCUCAGCAGCAGCUCUGCUCUGGUGUUUAUGUUUGAUUCUUCGAGAUGUUACUCACUUCUUUGCUGCAUCACACUCACAUCUGUAUGUGCAAUGACUCAUUCUUCCUGCUUUUCACAUAACCGCUUGAGACUGCAGUGAUCGUUCUAAUAUGUUUUCCGAGAAGUAGCGAGAACCUACUGAUCAAAUAUGCUCCACCUUACAGAUUUCUUCUGUCUUUUCUUUUGUGUUACUGAAUAUUUCACAUCGGUAACACUCCUGGCUGGUGAUGAUGGGCCUCUCACAUCACUGGAGGGAUUUUGUCCCACUCGUCGUUGCACUGGAGGCUUUUCCAGCAUGACCAGUCUGUUUUGGGUCAAAGGUCAGACACUCCUGCAUAAUUAUGGGUUAGAGAGCAGAAUUCAUGGUUCCAUUUAUGUCCUGUAGCAGCAAAGCAGCCCCAGACCAUCACACUGCCACCACCAUGUUGAACUGUUGCUCUGAAGGUUUCUCUCUGAAGUUCAGGGUUAGUUUUACCCCUAAAUGUGACGAGACACACCAGAAAGGUCCAUCUUUGUCUCAUCAAUCCACAGAUGUCUUCCAAAAAUAUUUGUUUUAGCAUUCCUCAUAUCCUCUCUUUAGGAUUUAGAUGAUGUUUUUAGUGAAUUAAUUUUUCUGAAAAUCACAUUUUGUAUUUACUCAUAUUUUCUUUGAAGUUUGCGGAAACGUCUGACAAACUGGAUGGAAAAGCAAAAACUGAAGGCAUCUAACUGGACCAGUGUCUCUACCUACUUCCUGGUGCUGCCGUGCUGUGUUUAGAAUGAGAUUGUGCACAAUCGUGUUGUACUGGAGCAUUCAGCAGUGAAGUAAGAGCUAUAAACCAUCUAGAGUCAACACCUGGAAAAAAUUACUUUAGGUGUAUAUUUGUUUUUAAUCAGGUGGAAUUUAAAACCUGUAGUGCAUCCAGCCACCAGGGGGCGUCCUGUUUUUUUUUUUUACCUUCCUGUCUUAAUAUAUGUCCAAAAGAAGAACUCUACUUUUUAUGACCUUUCCAUGAGGAUUUUAUCAAUCAGUUUAUUUUGUUAACAAAGCCGUUUACAUGUGAACACUCUUUUGUAACAAGCAAAGGAACAAAAUGUUUUUAACAGUUUUGGUGCCAAUUUAUAAAAAUAAAUCCCACUUUUCCAGAGUG